AGAAGAGCAGCGCAGGCUGCGCACGAUUUUAGCGACUUUUCGCAGAAAACAACCCGUUUUCGCUCUUUUGGGUUAAUUUCCAGUUUCCAAGUUGGACGAGUGGGUGUCAAAACUUGUUUCCCAUUGGCUGUAUUCCAGAAGGAGUUGACUUUAUCGCAGUUUACAGUGCCGUAUUUAAAGGUUAGUCAGGGUUAGUCCUGCGCAGGAGAGCCGUUGGAUUUGUACCUGCACUCGACUCGGCUGUAACGUUUACGCUCACCGAGCAGUUUGGAUUUAAACGGGACUAAAACUUUGCCUUCUGCCCCGGUGUCACGACUCCGAAGACCCCUGCUUGCCUUUUCGGUAUGCCUGCGGCACUCACUCCAGACAGGUAACCGGGUGUGUCGCUGUUGCCAUGGCAACACGGAUACUGCAAGUGUUGCCUCUCCUCCUUGCUGCCUUCCUGGUCUCCUUGACGACAGCGGAAGACCAUGAGUGGCAUUUUGACUCGGCUAAGUGUCGCUAUGCUCUGGGGAUGGAGGACAGAACGAUCCCAGAUUCUGACAUCACAGCAUCCAGCGCCUGGUCAGACUCCACUGAGGCCAAACACGGCAGGUUGAGUACAGGUGAGGGGGAUGGUGCGUGGUGUCCGGCGGGCUCUGUCUUUCCCAGCGGUUCCGAGUACCUGCAGGUGGACCUGCACACCCUGCACUUCCUGUCUCUGGUGGGCACACAAGGUCGCCAUGCCGACGGGCACGGCCGCGAGUUCGCGCGGAGCUACAGGCUCCGUUACUCUCGUGACGGCCGGCGCUGGAUCACCUGGAAGGACCGCUGGGGUCAGGAGGUGAUCUCGGGGAACGAAAACACAUAUGACGUGGUUCUGAAGGACCUGGGUCCCCCCAUCAUCGCCCGCAUGGUCCGGUUCUACCCUCUGGCAGACCGUGUGAUGAGUGUGUGUCUGAGGGUGGAGCUGUACGGCUGUGUGUGGAACGAUGGACUGAAGGCCUACACUGCACCCAUGGGUCAUGUGAUGCACCUGUCAGGCUCCCCUGUUUACCUCAACGACUCUAUCUAUGAUGGCAGCAUCGAAUCAGGGGUGCUGUUUGGCGGUCUGGGUCAGCUGUGUGACGGAGUGCUGGGUGGGGAUGAUUUUGUGGAGAGUAAGGAGCUGAGGGUGUGGCCUGGAUACGAUUACGUGGGCUGGAGCCGUGAAGCGCUGGGCCAGCCUACUGUCGACAUUGAGUUCCACUUUGAAAAAACACGCAUCUUUCACACCAUGCAGGUCCACAGUAACAACAGACACACUCAGGGGGUUCGUGUGUUCUCGGAGGUGGUAUGUGAGUUCAAGGCAAAUCUGCUGAGCAAGUGGACGGAGCCUGCGCUGAGGCUGCCCGUUCCUCUGGAGGACCUGAAGGACCCCUCGUCCCGCUCCGUCGCCCUGCCGCUCGGGGGUCACCCCGCACAGAUCCUCCGCUGCCACUUUGCCUUCGCAGACCGCUGGCUGCUCAUCAGUGAAAUCAGCUUCUUCUCUGAGCCGUAUGAGGGUGGUUCGCCGUUUCCCUCCGUAGACACCCCCCCUCCACCCCCCUCCACCCCUCGCCCGCGUUUCUUCACCUCCUCCCAUCCAGCAUCCUCCCUCUCUCCCAGCUCCAACAGCUCCACCGGCCGAAGCACCGGUGAUGAGUUUGCUGCCGGCACUCCGAGGGCAGGGCUGCCCGUAGCUAAGGACGACAGCAGCAACACUGCCAUUCUGAUUGGCUGCCUGGUGGGCAUAAUCUUGCUGCUGUUGGCGGUCAUUGUUGUCAUUCUUUGGAGGCAGUACUGGAAGAAGCUUCUUAGCAAGGCUCAGGGCAGCCUCUCCAGUGACGAGCUGCGAGUUCACCUCUCGGUUCCCUCAGACAACGUGGUGAUCAACAACACCAACACGCACACCUACUCCAGCCGCUACCAGCGCAUUCACACCUUCCCCGACGACAGAGACAGGGACGCAGAGUACCAGGAGCCCAGCACAGUGCUGCGGGCGCGAGAGCAGCGCGACAGCACCGCCUUGCUGUUAAACAACCCAGCCUAUCACCUUCUCCUGUCUGACCUGAGGCAUGGCCCCAACAGGCUGACAAACUGCUCCAGAGAGCCAGAAAAGCCUCAAAAUCUGCCCCAGGCGUGUGGCAUAGACAUGGACGAUAAAGCCCUGCCUGUGCAGGAAGGACCGCCCCCGUACCCCGGAGCCCCGCCUCCUUUAUUGUCAGGAGCUCAUUAUGCGGAAGCCUCAGGGGGCGGGCCCAGUGUGCCUCAUUAUGCAGAAGCUGACAUCAUCAGCCUACAGGGUGUGAGCGGUAACAACACAUAUGCAGUCCCCGCCCUCUCAGCCACGCCUGCAGAUUGCCCGCCCCUUCCGGAGUUGCCACGGGAACGGCUCAUUUUCAAAGAGAAGCUCGGAGAGGGCCAGUUCGGAGAGGUUCAUCUGUGUGAGAUUGAAAACCCUCAGGACCUGCCAGACCUCGAGUUUCCCUUUAAUGUGAGGAAAGGUCGCCCCCUGCUGGUGGCUGUAAAGAUACUGCGGCCCGAUGCUUCUAAAAAUGCCAGGAAUGAUUUCCUGAAGGAGGUGAAAAUUCUGUCCCGUCUGAAAGAUCCCAACAUAAUCCGCCUGCUCGGAGUGUGUGUGAGCAGUGACCCGCUGUGUAUGGUGACCGAAUACAUGGAGAGCGGAGACCUCAACCAGUAUCUCUCCCAGAGAGUGCUGCUGGACAAGACUGGACCACUGCACAACACGCCAACCAUCAGUUACCCUGCUCUGAUCUCCAUGGCGAGUCAGAUCGCAUCUGGGAUGAAGUUUCUGUCCUCUCUGAACUUCGUCCACCGUGACCUGGCCACACGGAACUGCCUGGUGGGGGGAGAGCUGGGGGACGGCGAGGACAGGAUGGGCGAGAGGCACAUUAAAAUCGCAGACUUCGGUAUGAGCCGGAACCUGUACGCCGGAGAUUAUUACCGCAUUCAGGGCAGAGCUGUGCUGCCCAUUCGCUGGAUGGCCUGGGAGUGCAUCCUCAUGGGGAAGUUCACCACAGCCAGUGACGUGUGGGCGUUUGGGGUGACUCUGUGGGAGAUGCUGAGUGUGUGUCAGGAGCAGCCCUACAGUCACAUGACAGAUGAGCAGGUCAUUGAUAACGCAGGAGAGUUCUUCAGAGACCACGGACGACAGGUAUAUCUGGCUCGGCCGGCCGUGUGCCCACAGGGUCUGUAUGAGCUGAUGCUGAGCUGCUGGAACAGAGACUGUAAACUCCGCCCCUCUUUCGCACACAUUCACUCCUUCCUCACGGAGGACGCCAUGAACAUGGUGUAGAGAGACGACUCCCGCCGGUCCAUCCCUGCGUCUGACCGAGCGGAGGCUGUGAGUGUGUGAGUGAGCGUGUGUGAGAGAGAGUGAGUGUGUGUAGAUCGCACAAGCUGGUGGAGGUGUAGCUGGUGUAGAAGUAGGCGGAGCUAAGCACUCUUAUGUACACUAGUGUACUUUGUGAUUGGCGGGUCAGAGUUGAGAGGCACUGCUGGUCAGUGCUCCGGCCGGACGUGCCAUAGAGCUAAAACCCCAAACUAGUCCUAAACCCUAAAUGUUAAGGCCUUUACACACUGAACUCAGUACAUUGACCUGUGCAGUGUUUAUGAUCUUUAACUGAUCCAGAUGAUUUGUUUUCUCAUGUACUUGUUCGCUUUGUUGAUGUCCGUUUCUCUGUCCAGCCACAGGAACUGUAGCCUAAACCACGUUUCUUCAGCAAAGGCCUUUAGAUAGAUGUGUGCAAAAGUUUUGGCACACUGGUUAAAUAAAAAAUUCUACUUAAUGAAAUGCUUAAGAUGUAAACAGAGUCAUUCAGAGUGGUUUGGUGUGAAAUGCUCAGCUCUAGAGAAACUUACAGAGUAAGAAUUGUCCACAGUGGUGGUGAUGGGAACCAAAGGUCCACCUCUAUGCAUUACAUGGUUAGAUAUACACUGCCUGAUGUCUGAGACACCGUUUUAUGAUGGGUCACUGAUAAAGUUUCGGCUUAAAAUGUACUUUAAUCCAUUUAUAGUGGAGGGACACAUGCAGGGCGCUGUAAGGCAGUAUUGUCCCCAAACUUACUUACUUACUGACUCAUUAUUGCUGUUGGAGGAAAACCUCGUAUCUCCAAAGUGGCAACUUUACAGAAGAACAUGCUUUACUUUUAAUGUAAGUCAAUGGAACCAAAGUCAUUUUGGGCCGUUUAGUUUGGUGCAUCCUUCUUGCAGGCUGGUUUGGAUGGUAAAUGUCUAUAUUUUAGUUGUUGUCAUGGUGACCCCUGGUUCCCAUCACCACCACUGUAAAGACAUCUCUCAAGUUUCUACAAUCAAAACAUUUCACACCAAACCACCCUGAAUGACUCUGUGUGCAUCUCAGGGGCUAAAAAUUUCCAAAAAUUCCAACUAAAGGACGUGUUUAAUUAUUUACACAUAGAAGAUCAACAAACAUGUUAUUUGACUACUGCAGAUGUAGCUGGUUUAGUUGACUCCAUCAUUAAUUCACGCUAGGCAUCGACUUCACCGUUAAAGUGCGCUGCUUUGGCCAUUGAAAUUGGAGAAUCACGUGUGGGAGCUCUUCAAGUUCCAGACGAUUUUAUUAUCAGACGAUAAUAAAAAAAGCUUUGGUAUAUUAUGAAAAGGUUGGUAUAUGUCAUGGACAGACCCACGAGCAUAUUUCCAAUUAAGGUGUAUUAUUGAAUUUGACUGUUUCGAGGUUGAUUUUGAGAAACGAAUCAGGUCCUUGUUCAGAAAUACCAAUGAGUUUUCUAAGAGAAUCACAAGGCCAGCACUCUGCUCAACCAGGCACUGUUGUUUCUGCUGUUGGCAUAGCAACAGCUGUGUCUGCUGGCUCCCUGCAGUUUGUUUUCUGCUUCUUCAGCUGUGCUGCGAGCAUCUCCAAAAAAACCUUCAGAAGUUACGAGGUUUUAUACCCAAAACGACGUGCAUCAUCAGCAUCUCCGCCUUUUACUGAGGAGAAAAAGCCCUGCAAGACGUUUCAUUCGAGGUGUGUUAGGUGGAUGAACAGCCAAAUUCUGGAAAAACUGAACAUCUCAUCUUCGUAUUUUUGACGUCUGUGUGUAAAGGCCUUAACCCUUCAUCCUGAACCCUUAACUGCCCUUAAUUCCACAGGUUUGAACCCAUUACCUUCAUCUUAAGUCUCUUCCCAUUAACCAUAUUAACGCUAAGUGAGGUGGAGGGCUUUUCUUCAGCUGAAUAGACUGUGAAUCGAACCAUGCAAGUCAUCAAAUAACCAUGUUGAUCCCAGCAUUUUAGCUUAUUGUAUUAAUAGCACAGCAAUAAUAUUAGCAAGCGAUGGGAAGCUAAUAGAUUAAUAACUCACAAAGAAUGAGAAUCAGCGUAGUCUAAACGUUUUAAUAGAGGUGACUGGUAGUGAAUUCUGUGUAAUCUUAGUGAUCACGUUGGGAAAGAGGGUUAUUUUCAUCUAAAUAUGGGUUUAUUGCAGAACAGAGCUGUAACAGUACUUCUCUAAUCCACUCCAUGAGCAGUAUACAUACUCAAGACUGGUUGAGGGCUUUUCUGUUUUUUUGUUUUUUUGGUUUUUUUUUUUAAAGAAUAAAAUUAUUUUUGAGGUAUUACUCUUGCUAAAAAUACAGACAUGGAGCAUCAUAACCAUUGGGACACAUUCUGGGAUUAAAGUGUUGUAGUCAUUCUUCUCUACUGAUGCCAGUGUUUGGGGGUUUAACUUUUUUCCAGGGUUGUUUACGUUAAAAUGUCAGAUCGGAGUGGUGGUCAUAAUCAAGCCUCAUGCCAGUGGGCCACACGGACAACAUGUAUUUGUAGUCCACCGGAAACCUAAUGACCGACUGCUGAAUCUGCAGAUCACAGCCAGUUAACAUUGACUAUAAUUUCAACACCUUUCCCUGUAAAUGAACAGCUGACCCUUUGACUCGGAACAUGUUUUUAGCUGAAGCCAAUGGCCAGUUGCUGAAUUCCGUCUAUUAAAAAUUUCUACGAAAAUGUGCGUUUUGAAUAAUACUUACGCAAACAUUUCAGUCAGACUGUUACGAAGCCGUAAAGCUGUUUAAUGAAAUCUUUCAGGAACUGGACUAGUUUUCCACUAAGACUUUGUGGUGGUACAUCAUUACCAGUGUAAAGUGCAGGUGGAGUUUUCGCAGGUUUCACCUGAUCACUGUAGUUGCUGAAAGCGAAGUUACGUUUUACUGUGUUUGAGAGUUUUGGUAAGACUUCACUAGGCCUGUCACAAUUAUUACAUAAUUUCUUGAUCGCAUUUUCUACAGUUGCUGUCUUUUACAGUCACAUGUUUACGUUGUAACUAACAGAUUUUGAAUUAGGAUCAUUUUCAGGUGGGUUGAGCAAAAUGCAUGUAGUUAAAAGAAAGCAGAGGAAGCUUUUCCACACGGAACUUACCAAAAUAAAAUUUAGAGGGCGGCAGUGAGUAAUGUUUGCCUUUAGAGGGCGGCAGUGAGUAAUGUUUGUUUAUGUAAUGUUCGUUAACACCUUUAGAGGGCGGCAGUGAGUAAUGUUUGUU